AUGUCAACAUUUCACGAAAUUCCCGUCGUCUACACUGGCGAAACAUUUUCUCGCUAUGACACAUAUGGUGCUAUAAUUAAACCUUACUACGAACGGAAAAAGUCUUUCUCGUCACAGGAGCAUUCAAGGGUAUUCGGCUGGGCAAUUGUCUUCGCCUUUGCUCAAACUGGUGUUUCGCGUCCAGCACUUCUCGCGCGUAAUAAGUCUGGUCUUGAAAUCACUCACAAAUCUUGUCGAGGAGUCCAGCAUCAGGAACAAAAUAUGAAGAUACAGAUUAUGGGUACAGACAUCGUUGACACCGAAGGCGUUGCACCUGCUUUGAAAACUGUUAAGGCUACCUUUGGAUGA